UCAAGCCUACCUAGAGAAAGCAGCGGGGAGAAUGAAGAAGUGGGCAGAUGAAGGCCGCCAACCCAAGGAGUUUAAAGCAGGAGACAUGGUCCUUGUCAAGCUGCUCCCGGAACAACUCAGGUUCCUGCGCUCUAGAGACAAGCGACUAUUUCGAAAGUAUGAAGGACCGCUCCCCAUCAUUUCUAAAGUGGGGAAAUGCUCCUACAAAGUCGAUAUUCCCGCCUGGAUGAGAGUCCACCCCAUCUUCCACGUCAGCAACCUCAAGCCGCACCAGCCAGACCAUGAAGAUCAAGCACGCAACCAGCCUGUUCGAGAGCACGUCGACAUCAGACCACCCAAGCCGAAAGAAGUGGAGGAGAUCCUAGCAGAGAGAGUGACCAGAGUGUCAAGGCGCCCAUGCCAGCAGUUGCUGGUCAAGUGGAAGGGUCUUGGAGAUGAAGAAACCAGUUGGGAGAAUGUUGAAGACCUGAAGAAGAAGUUCCAGCAGAAGAUUGACGACUUCAAGGCCAAAGCCGUCGUCGAGAGCGCCGACAGCUUAAGUGGGGGAGGAUGUUAGGGGCCGCACGUGUAAUGCUGCAAGAAACCUUGUCCAAGGUCAUUAGUCAAGCCUUUGGUUGGUUUGCUUGUGUGCUAGGGAUAUUUUGGUAAUUUACAAAUUAUGUAAUUUAUUUUAUUUUAGCAUUAGUCUC